UGCUUUUGGCACGACACCAGAUUUACACAAAUCGAGUUUCCAGCAGCUCCAGAAGGGUCAGUUGUGAGUUAUUCAGCAGAAAUGUCUCACAUCCUUCUUCUUCUUCUUCUGACUUUUGAGACUGUGGCAUUAGAAGAUAUAACGGUGAGGCCUGGACAAAAUGUCACUCUUCACUGUCAGGAUCCCAGGGGUGUAAAUAUCACCCUGUUAGAGUGGAGCAUACCUGAGAUUAAGUCAGACGGAUACGUCUUCUUCUACCGAAACCGGCGCUCAUAUGAAAGCUACCAGCACGAGCGUUUUAAAGGCCGAGUGGAGCUGGCAGACCCGUCUAUGAAAAACGGAGACGUUUCUGUGAUUCUGAAGAACGUCAACGUCAACGAUACAGGAACAUAUGAGUGUCGGAUUAUAACCAGUAAUCUCAGCAGCGGUCAGAGAGUCAUGAGUGAGUCCAGGCAGUCCAUCGACCUCACAGUCAUAGACUCUGGAGAUCCAACUGGAGAACACAAGGACACGCAUGUUUUAAUUAUCAUUAUUGUUGCAGUUGUAAGUUGUCUUAUUGUUGGCGUUUGUGGUGCAGUAUUUUUCAACAGAAAAUGGAAAUCAUCAACACGCGGCAACUCUUAUGAACAUCUACCUGAAAUGUUAAAGAGUUGAUCUGAAAUGUUUGAGACGAUGUGUGAAGCAUUGUUAUUUAGCGAGCAGACAGCAUAAACAGAGCUGCAACAAGCUUUUUAUAGACUUUAAAUCUGUUUAUUUUUCUUCUCCUUUUUUCUUUUCUGCAGAGCUUGAUUUUACCGUGAGAACAGCAGGUAGAGAGGUGGAGGAGACAGACGUAGAGUAGAUCAGUUUAUGUAAGCUCUGAUUAAAAUGGGGCCACAGUAGCAUGGUUAGCAAGUUCUCUCAGUGAGUUAAGCACUUUAUUAACUUUACGUUUUUAUUUUGCACUUUUAAACACUUUAUUUAUUUCUGUUUGUGGCAACUGCAGCCAAUCAGCCACCUUCCUGCUUUCUGUCCAUCGCCCCCAUUAGAAAUAAUGACUCAAUGUAAUCUAAUAUGUGAUUAUAGUAUACCCAUAAUAUUUAUUUAAUAAAACAUAAAAACCAUUAUCACAAUGGUUUUAUUGUGUUAUUAUGUGAGUUGUGGAAAGUUCUGAGUUGGAUCUGUAAAUAUCAGAAACCUUAUUUAAACUCGGCUGAUCUCACGUUCAGAUCUCCACCUCGGGCGUGGCUGUUUUUAGACUUCUGUCAUGACGUCUUGUUCUUGUUCCUCUGUGCAAAAUACACAGUUGAUCUUUCAGCGUUUUUUCAUUUUCAGGACUUCACAUGAGCAUUAAUCUGGUGAAUAGGGAGAAUUUUCAAUCUGAAGACGUUUUAACACAAUCUGAGUCAGUUGGUGCUUUCAGCAGUUCGGCUCGUUUCCUGUUCUGAUGCCUCAGGAUCUCAUCCUUUCUCCUGAUCUGCAUCCUCGCCUGUUGUGCUGCCUUAAGGCGUUGAAACUCAUCAGAAAACUGCUCAGUCGUGAAGUUCAGGUUAGUUUUAAAUCUAAUUUGUUUGUCGUUUGUACGUUUGAGGUGUGUGGUGAGGCUGCAGAGCGCUCUGUGGCAGAGGUCAGAGAGGGACUUCCUCUGAGAUCUAAAAGCAGCAGCUGCUCUGAAAACAGUCCAGAGGUUUCUGAUUUUUAUCGAUCCGUUCUCAGGCCUUUUCAGAAUUUAUGUCUUUGACUAGUGUACUCAAUGUUAAUGUUUCACUUGUUGUUUUUUGUUUUGUUACCCACCACUGAUCACACCACCGUCAGUACAAAUGUUGUGGAUCCAAUCUGACUCUGAGUGAUGAGCCGAGUCCAUUGUAAAUAUCCACUGUCAUAAAAAGGAUAUUUGAAGAUCAGAAGGGGACAGUGCAAUGAGCAAAAUAAAAGUGGAAGAAGAUGGACGGAUGUUCAAAACUAAAACCUGAAUAAAUGAAAGUGAGCAGGACACGAGGUCGUAUCAGGAAUUUGAAGGAAGAACGAGGUAUGAAAGCCUGUGGAGGGAAAUGGAGCCUCACUCUGUGUUUUGUUAUGUUUUCUUAUGUUAUGUGGCUCAAAUUAGGAGAUGAUACAUAUUUUCUGUGUAUUCGUAUGUAUGCAUUUGAACGUGUUCAUUUCUCUGUACCAUGUUUUUAUAUUUCUUUGUUUGUUGUGACAUAAUUUUAUGAUAUCUAUUGUUGUUGAUCUGUGCUGAUCACAGAAAUAAAACGAGAGCCUCACGCAUCACAAGUAACAGAGUGAAGGGUUUGUUUGUUUGGUCUUAUUUCCUCUGGGGCCUUUUUUCUCUGAUUAAAGUAAAAAUGGGGAAAUUAUGUCAUUAACUUGAGCCUGUUUACAUCUGUGUAUUUCCUCGUCCUUCAUUUAAGUCUGAGUAACUCUGUAAUUCUGUGUUUUGUCCUAAAUACUUUCCUGUAAAGAUCACUUUCUGAGUUAAUGUAGAAGUCCAGCAUUCAAAUAUGUUUAGAUUUCUAUUUGACAAACAAAAAACGAGUUCAAUCAGCAAAGUCAAGAAGAAAAGUAUUUCCUCUAACAGUGACUGGUACUGUUUUUGGGCUGUCGCAGGGAUGGCUGCAGCUCAUUUCAGAUCCUCUUGGGUUAUUUCCUCUCAUGAUUAAAACUCUGUUUUCAGAAACACAACACAGUGUAAAUAUUAACCCUCCAGACUUAAACUGUCACUCAGUAACUCUUUUUUUAUUUAUUUUUUUAUUUCCAGAGCUAGCAAAGCUUUUUAAAACCUUAUUUUAGGCAAAGUCAGCAAUUAUUUUGAAAACACUUGAUGUCAGGUUUGUACAUGUGAUUUUUAUGUCUUGAGGAUAAUGUCCUGUAGAUAAUAACUAGCAAAGCAACUUUUCAUGAAAGCUGCAGACGUGGUGCCACAGAUGAGUCCAUCCUCUGGAGAUGACGGCUUAGUUGUCCCGUUCAAAAGAUCGUGACUUCCAGCACCUUCAACACUCCCUCACAUCCAGACUUUAAAGGAUCCAUUAAGGUCUGUUUUUCUCUUUCUUUUUCCAACAGGAACUGGUUUCAUGUAUUUAUUUAUUUUCUCUGUCAUCAUAAAGUCAUGCUGGUAGUGGUGAAUCUUCAGCUUCUGCUAUUCGCGCGGUGCCCUUUGCUUCCAUAAUAAAAAAAAGCAGCUGACUGUCAGUCACCUUUUUUUGAACAGUCAGAAGCCACGAGUGCAGCUCGUGAACUCUGUCAUAACCACAGGCAGAGCUCAGGAGACGUGUAUUGCAGUGACUUGUAGAUAAACAAUUAUGAUAAGGUGGGGACUGGUGGAGUGUGACUUUUCACUUCGGGAAACUGAAAUGAGGCAGAAGGAGACUCCUCUGUAGACAGCCUGUAAAUAAUCGACUCAGCACAGCACAAACACUACUGGUCAGAAAUUUGAUUUAAUCAAUUUCAUGACAUCAUCAUUCCAGAAUUGAA